CUGAGCUUGAGGGAGCUUCCCAUCGGUGCAGAGAAAAUAUGGAGGAGACCCAACAAAGAAAGAGAAAGAGGAGAAGGAGAAGGGACUCUGAAUUAUCUCGCUCCGCUCCGCUCGGAUCGGCCGAUGCAGACACCGCUCUGUGUCUGCUUCUAGCUUCCGUCUCCAAGAUCAACGCGGGAGGCCGAGGCGGCUCCGACCCACUUCCUUCCUCGUCGUUGGUCAAGCGAUGCUUGCGGAAAGUUCUCUCUUUUCUCUCGAAAUCGGACGACCCAGUUUCGAGCUUUCGGAAGAUACCCCUCGCUGCCCUCUUCUCCGUGCUUCCCAUGCUGCUCAAAUCCAACAGUCUGGAUAUCGCCUGUCUUUCUGCUAAGCUUGUAGGAAUGGCUUCGCUCUGUUCGUUCGAUAUGAACCAACGAAUCGCCUCGGAUGCAGAAAUUUUGGAAAGCCUGGUAUCGGGUUUGAGGAGUUCGAAUAGAAGAGUCAAAUUGAGUGCGUGCCGUGCUGUUUCGGAUUUGUCGACUAGUUUGGUCGGGCGGCAGAGCCUUCUUGAGCAUUCUGCUUUGGAGACUCUCAUGGUUUGCUAUCGUCAGGUGGCCAAAUGUUUUGUGGAUUCUGUUGCAUUAUUCCCAGUGGACAAUGGAUUUGCUAGGAGUCAUAUUACAGCUGCAAAGGAACAUGAACUUCCUGUUUCACUUCUUGAUGCUGUUAUUGUUCUCGUUAACUCCUGCAAUAUCAAACAAUUGGAAAGAGUUCCAUCUGAGCUCUCUGAAAGUUUCUUCUUCCUUUUGAAAGAGCUGUGGACUAAACUGCAUCCUCGAAUGUACAACUCGACAGUGUGCAGCCAGCAAAAAGACUUGUUGAGCAAUAUGAGGGUGAACGAUCUGGCAGAGAGCAUUUUCAGACUUUCUAUUAGAGUCCAAUGUACCACUUUUCUUCCAAUCGAUCAAAUCAGGAGAAGCAUUUUUGGGUUACCACAGUCUAGUUUCGAAGAUUUUAUAGAGGGCUAUUGGGAAGUAUCACCUUUUCUCAUAAGCAGGACCUCAAGGGCUGUGGAUGAGGAGAAUAUACUCAACUCUUUUUUGAAUUGCAUUAAUCCUAAAGAUGUUGUUCACCUUCUUCUCUCUUCUGUCCUCCAUUGUGCGGUCUCCUGCCCACCUAUUGCUUCUGAUGAGUUGGACAUCUUCAAUUUCCUAAAAAAGGAGAGAGAUAGCUUGGGUAUGCCCAUAAUCUACCAGCAGGAUAUAAGGGUACUAAAAGCAGAGAGGCUUUCCAACACUGAGAAACAUCUUUCCUUGAGAGCUUGAGUUCUUGCACCCAGUCUCCUCAUGUGCUUAGCUUUGAUAUAUAUUCAGAUGUGAUGAAGCUUACAAAGAUGGUUAUACAGUGGCUAUGCGUGGUAUGGAGUUCCACUUUAAGUCCAUCGCUGCUAUCACUGGAGAUAUAUUGUACAUUCCCAGAGGUUAUGUUCACGAGGCUCAUACUACUAAUGAUGUACAAAAAGAUUCUGCUGGUCUUUCCUUACACCUAACACUUGCCAUUGAGGUUGAAGCUCCAUUUGAGUGGGAGGGAUUUAUUCACAUUGCUUUGCAUCAUUGGUCUCAGAACUUGAAGCAACAUGUAUAUUCUGAUUUGAUGACUGGGACUCCAUACACAGCUUGCAUUAGGCUUUUGCACUUUAUGAUCAUGUUACUUGGCGAUGUUGAUCCAAUGUUUCGCAAAGCUUGCUUGGUCAAUUCAAUAUGUUUUUCAAGGGACACCAACCACUGGCUUUAUAAAAGCCAUGUUGCCAUUUUCAGAGAUCUAAUUGAUAAGAUUAACGAGUCAUCUAAGUUCAUGGAGACACUGCAGAGUAUGGAGAGGUCGAUUUAGAAGGAGGAAGAUCCAUUUAGGAGAAUAAGAUGGCUUGAAAGUUUCAACCUCAAAGAUGAAGAAGCCGAUGAAAGGUAUGAGUAUUAUGUAUGUGAUGUGGAUGCAGAGCACUUAUUUGGUUUACAUCCUGAGGAAAAGGAAACACUAGAAGCAGCAUUUUUGACGGUGAAAUCUGAGUUCUGUAAGCAAGUGUUGUUGGAGGAUGUACUUCCUAUGUACAGGUUGCUGCUGGAGAAGUACAGGAUAGUGAGGAAGCAAUAUUUAAAUGGAAUGCUUUCGCUGCACCGUGACUUGGAUUAGAUUGAAAGUAUUGUUUUGAUCUCUCGGCCCAAUCAUGAAUGACCUUUUAACCUUUUUUCUAACUCUCAUCUCGCUCUAACCCUUUCCUUUCAAAAGUUUCAGUUUACGUCCUGAACUUUCCAAAUGUUACAUGUCACUUCACCUUGGUCGUUCACCUGCGUUUGCCUCACAAUAGCAUGAACCAUCAUACCAUCUAGCGACUCACCUUACUUGAAUGGGAUAAAUGUUCUGUAGGCUCAUAUACAUGAGUCCUUGACUCCUAAGUCUAGAAUCCAGAUCCUUAAAGUAAGCCUGUCUUUUAAUCACCUUUUUGCCCUUCAUACUCUAUUUCCCUUAUGGCAUAGAUUGGAGCUUAAAGGAUUUGGAGGAGAAAUGAUUUCGGAUGAGGUUUGGUUUUUCUUUUUUAUACAAAACUUUGAUAAUUAUGUAAUCUGAUGUAAUUACAUGCAUUUUGUUUCUUCUUUCUUUCUUUCUUAUUCUUCUUCUUCUCUUUUCAUUUUUUGGUUGCUGCCCCCCAACACAAACCUCCAUAAAUUUAGCCGAAAGUGGCGUAGGGGGCUUCUGUUUGACUCGUGAGGCAAUGAGGACGGUUCCUGAGGCUGACAGCAUUGGAAGAUCGGUGAGAAGCAAAAGAAAUUGCUAGAAGAGCUUUGACGACGAUGACUGAUGAGAGAAAAGUUAAAUAAUGCUUGAAUUGAAUUUCAAAAGAGGGAUUUGGAUCUUAUAGAUCCGAGACAUUGUUAGGGUUUAUUGGGUAAGAAGAAGUGGGGCCAAACAAAAAAGAAGAAAAGAAGGAAACAAUUGCUUUGCAAGAGAAAGCGCGAGGCUGGAGAUUUCAUGAAGGUCCUAAAGAGGAGCCCUUGAUCAGUUGUGUUAUCUGGCAGCAAUUGGGAUCGAGUUAAUGAGCCUGAACUGUUAAAUAGGACUGAACCCAACCAAAGCCUAAGUUUAUUAUGUUUGACCGUGGAAGACCUUUUGAAUAUUACGUUGAUUAA